AACGGCCAGUCUCCCGUAUAUAAUUUAAAUACGUUAAGUCAAAAUAGUUUUGACUAUUAAAAAUAGUUUACAAGUUUCUGAAAUUCGACAGAUACUUGGUGUAUUACUUAUUUGAAACGAGCAUUGCUUCAAAACAGUAAAACAGUAGCCUGUUCAUGACACGCCUCCCUUAAGACGUACGCAACAUAGGUUAUCCCCGAUGACUCGCUGAAAGAAAAAGUAGUAAUUGGUGAAGGAAGUGCCACAAGACGCGCCCUGGACAGACACAUGGAGCAAAGAACACGGAGCUUUUCAACAGAGAAGAUGGAGAGUAAAGGAAGCUCCAGCAAUCCACCUCCACCGGACAUGCACAUAUCUCCUGCAGAUGAGUGUGUCGGCUCUGAGGAGACCCAACAACAGAGUUUGGGUCAAUCAGAUGGGGCUCAGGAUAAGAAUGACACCCAGAUCCAUGCUGGGACCUCUGCCACCCUCAGAGGGACACCCACUCCUUCCAGCACUAAACUAUGUGGCUACCUCAACAAGCAGGGUGGACCUCUCAAAGCCUGGAAGUCCCGCUGGUUUGUCUACGAGGAGAAGAGCUGUCAGCUGUUUUACUACCGUAUGGCACAGGAUAUCAAUCCUCUGGGUAAGGUGGAUCUGUCUCGUGCCACGUUCAGCUACCCACUGCAUGGAGAGGAGGGAACCUUUCACAUACAGACACCAGAGCGCACUGUCAUUCUCAAGGCACCUAACAGGGAUGCCCAGAUGUACUGGUUGCAGCAGCUGCAGAUGAAACGUACAUUAUACAGGGAGCAGCAUGCUGAACACAAGUCCAUACCCAGACCCGACAACCACAAAUUGGAAAGCACCCCAUCAGCAAACAACUGCCGUGAGGAGCUGCUUCACCUUCAAACGGUUGACUUCUUGCCCAUAGUGAAGACACCUUCUGGCCUGGUGGGUGAAGAAGCUGCCAGUCUGCCUGCACCUGGAUUACACAGCCCGCUCAACAUGUCAAUCAAACAUCCACUAAUUGAGCUGCAGAACACAAUGCGCAGUUUCCGAAACCGGCACUCACAGGAAAUUAGACAAAGCGUUUUCCAUAUUGAUGACUCAACUGACAAACAAAAAACACCCUCAUCUAAGACAUCUGUUUUAGCGGUUCCCACACCCAGUUCUUCUCAAAGCCCAGAAUCCCCUGCUAAUGCCAAGUCUGAGCAAGAUCUCUCCACCAUUUCACUAAUCAAAAAGAAUAGCAAAGAAAAGUCCAAAUCACUGGAGCUCAAGGACACAUCUCGACUUCAACAUGAAAAACAUUCCUUGGCAGAAGAGGUCAAAGCGCAGAAGGAGUUGGUGUUGCUGUUACAUAAUGUGCUAGAAGCUGCUCAGCUGGAGAAGCGCACCUGUGCUCAGUUUCUAGCCGCUGAGGGGGAGCAGGAGCGUUUGGAGCUCAUCAGACACGGCGAGCGACGUGCGGCCGAACUGCGAGACCAUCUGGAAUCCCUGCAGCAAGAGAAAGAGAACCUACGGAGGGAUCUGAACCAGAGGGACGCCCAUAUCGCCAAACUCCAGGAGAGUGUCCAGCUCCUGAUGCACAAGAAUCAAGCCAAACAGGAAGUGAUAGUGAAGCUGUCUGAGAAGUUAGCAGUCUGUGGGGAAGACCAGCAGUGCACCAAUGGGCUGCAUUCAGAGGCCAUAAAACAGAUAACAAUCGAGAAUGAGAAUUUGAAAGACGAUUUGAAGGCAUAUAAAACUCAGAACCAGUACCUAAACUCUGAGAUCUACCAUCUGACAACACUUUGGAGAAAAAGUUGCGAACAGGAGCAAAGUCUGAUAGUAAAGUGUGCUGUUCUGGAGGCCAAUAGCUGUCAGAUGGAAAGCAGAUACCUUGGAAUCCUCCAGAAGCUCCAGGACAGUAAGGAAUUGAAUCCAGAGCAGAGAGAAGCGAUCAAGAAAGUGGUUAAAGAUGCAGUUCGGGCAGACCUGAGCACCGCCGUCAAACUAAACUCAAUCAGGGAUUACGAUGAAUAUGGAUUUAAGAUUGCAAUGGACUACAAAGUUGAGGACCUGAAGCUCCUUGCUAAGAUCCAGGCCCUGGAGAUCCGAUCCCAAACCCUGCUGAGCCAGGAGGAAUGCGACGGGCCAUUGUUGGCUCGUUGCGCUCAGCUCCUGUUUGGACGCCCUGAAGGAGAACUGUCUUCAUCCACAGAAUUGAAGAAUCUGCUCCGGACAGGCUUACCGCGCGAGUACCGUGCGAGGGUUUGGCGUUUUAUGAUACAAACUAGGACCAAGUCUCAAAAAGAGCGUCAUCCCAAUCGCUAUGAGGAACUGUGCAAGAAGAGCAGAACCUCGCCUCACCUGGUGCCCAGACAGAUCCAGCUGGACCUGGAUCGUACGCUGACCUCCAAUCAAUACUUUUCCCCUCCUUCAAGCCCCUUGAUUCAGAAGCUGGAGAGAGUUCUGCAGGCGUUCUCAUGGCAAAACCCCACCAUUGGCUACGUGCAGGGACUCAACAGACUGGCAGCCAUUGCUCUGCUGGUAUUACAGGAUGAGGAAGAUGCCUUCUGGUGCUUGGUAGUGAUUGUGGACUACAUCAUGCCUCCUCAUUACUACACUAAAGACCUGGUGGGCUGUCAGGCCGACCAGCGUGUGCUGAAGGACCUCAUGUCUGAGAAGCUGCCUCGACUCACGGCUCAUCUGGAAGCGCUAAAAGUAGACGUGUCACUCAUCACUGUUGAAUGGUUUCUGGUGUUGUUCGUUGAGAGUCUGCCUACACGCAUACUGUUUAAAGUAUGGGACGCCUUCCUGUAUGAGGGCAUCAAGGUGAUAUUUCGCUAUGCAUUGGCUCUUUUCAAAUACAAAGAGGAAAUCAUCUUAAAGAUCAAUGACAGUGUUGAGAUGUACCAGUAUAUCCGCAUCUUCCCCUACACCAUUGCGGAUGGAAGGAAGCUGACGAGUAUUGCCUUCAACGAUAUGAACCCACUGCCCAUGAAGCUGCUACAGAACCGGCGCGCCGCACAUCUGGAACGCCUCCAUGCUGAGAUUAAAGAGCUGGAGAACUUACGGAAAGCAUACAAAGCUGAACAAGUCCAGUGCAAAGACAAAGAGUUGGACACCCUGGCUAGUGAGGAUGAAGAGGAGGUAUAAGACAUCAAACAUAAGCUCUUGAUGCAUGUGUUAAAGCCUCGAAUGCUGAGUGAGAAACACUAAAGAAAAACAACUCAUCAUCAUUUAUUCACCCUCAUGUUGUUCCAAACCCAUAAGUAUCAGUUCUUUUCCAUUUAAUGAAAGUGAAUGGAGAUGGCACAAUACAUUCAUUAAUUUAACUAUAUUCCAAGUCUUCCAAAGCUAUAUAAUGGGUGGCUAUAUAAUGAGGCAAAGACCAGUGGCUUUUAUCAGAAUGAUAUGAAGGGGAGUAAAUGAUAGCAAA